CCCAAACCCAGCAACUUGCGUGAUUUUGCAAGUUGAGAAUUAAUUGAGAGUAGGAGUGAAGUGAUUGGAGCUUAACGAGCAAAUACAGAAGCAUUCUUAAGUCUUGACACAAAGAAACAGAGAAAAAAGAAAGUUGAAAAAAAUAUGGGUUCUCUGUUUGCCUUGGUGUUUUUGGUAACCUUUCUUUCAGCAUCAUCACUGGAGUUUAAUUUACCCAGCAUCGGACAACCAGAAACUGGCAUGAUAAACGUUACACUAGAUGCUUACAUUUCAAACCAAGGAAUUAAGCUCACUCCAGAAGAGCGUAGAACCGCCCAAGCUGGAAAAUCUGGCCGAGCUACAUAUCUUGAACCCCUUCAUUUAUGGGACAAAUCCUCUGGUUUGGUGACCAACUUCUCCACAAAUUUCUCCUUUCUUAUAUUAGCAGACAGCCCUGAUGGCUUUGCGGAUGGGUUGACCUUCUUCCUAACUCCCGUAGGCUCAAGAAUCCUGGAAACUAAUGCUUCAUACUCGGGUGGGGGUUCCUUAGGCCUCGGGAACAGGACCUCAACUGAGAAUGUUCCUCUUGUUGCGAUUGAAUUUGAUACCUGGAAAAAUGUUUGGGAUGUUCAAGACGGUCCACACGUGGGGAUUGAUAUCAAUUCGUUUGUGUCGGUUACCAGCAUUCCGUGGGCGAAUAAUAUGACCCAAGACAAUGUGAAUACUGCUUGGAUUACUUAUGAUUCUGUGGCCAUGAAUCUCACAGUUUCAUUCACUGGUGUCCAGAAUAAUUUGGUGUCUAUAGACAGCCUCAGUUAUGUGAUAGAUCUGAGGGAAUACUUGCCAGAAUGGGUCACUUUUGGCUUCUCAGGAGCAACAGGAAGAUACUUUGAAACACAUAAUAUCAAAUCUUGGGGAUUUUACUCAAGCUUACCAGAGAGCAUGAACCUGGAGCCAGCAAGUAGCCCAAGUCCCGAAGAUGCUGAACCACCACCGACUCCAGUUGUCCAGGAACGUCGAAUUGCAGGUGUGAAUUCGGGCAAACUAAACAAGAACAUAGAGAUCGGAAUGAUUGCUAGUCUGGUAGCAUUGAUCUUUUUGCUGGCCCUGCUUGGAUAUGAAUAUUGGAAGAAGAGGACUAAGGAAGCUAAACCUGCAGAGCUUGAGCUGGAUAUCACCAUGGACACUGAAUUCGAGAAGGGGUCAGGGGCAAGGAAGUUUUCCUAUAGCGAAUUGACAAGGGCAACUAAAAGCUUUUCAGAGGACGAGAAGCUGGGAGAGGGAGGAUUCGGCAGCGUAUACAGAGGUUUUUUGAAGGACAUGAACUCUUUUGUUGCCGUAAAAAGAGUGUCAAGGGAUUCCAAUCAAGGACUCAAGGAGUAUGCAUCCGAGGUGACAAUCAUCAAUCGAUUGAGGCAUCGAAACCUAGUGCAACUCAUUGGUUGGUGCCAUGAAAAAGGAAAUCUCCUCCUUGUUUACGAAUUUAUGCCUAAUGGCAGCUUAGACUGUCAUCUAUUCAAAGACAGAACAUUGCUCUCUUGGGAAACUAGAUACAAGAUCGCCCUCGGCUUGGCCUCGGCUUUGCUCUAUCUACACGAAGAAUGGGAGCAAUGUAUUGUCCACAGAGAUAUAAAAUCAAGCAACAUCAUGUUGGAUUCAAGUUUCAAUGCUAAGCUUGGAGACUUUGGCUUAGCCAGACUUGUCGAUCACGAAAAAACCUCACAAACGAUGACCCUCGCAGGAACUCUGGGAUACAUGGCUCCUGAAUGUGCAACUACAGGCAAGGCUAGCAAGGAAUCAGAUGUUUACAGCUUUGGAAUAGUCGCACUGGAAAUAGCAUGUGGAAGAAAGGCAGUUGACUUCAACGCCCCGGCGAAUCAAGGUAUAUUAGUGCAGUGGAUUUGGGAGCUUUAUGGAAAGGGAGAACUACUUGAAGGAGCAGAUCCAAAACUUGGAUCUGAUUUUGUUGAGGAACAAAUGGAACGUCUGAUGACAGUUGGUCUGUGUUGUGCACAUCCUGAUAGCGCAAGCCGGCCGUCAAUUAGACAAGUAAUUCAUCUUCUGAAUUCUGAAUCUCAUUUGCCAAAUCUCCCACCAAAGAUGCCAAUUCCAACAUAUGCAAGCCCAGCUUUUGCCAUGUACAGCCCUUCAUUUUUCCACACUCGCAAUGACGGCACCGAUGAUGACAGUUAUGCACUCCAAUCAUCAAAUCCUAGCAGCAACGUGGCUUCGUCGUCGGGUCUCACCGCAUCAACUAAAUCUGCUGUUUCUUCUGCAUCAAAUCCGCGCAUAUAAUCCGUGUGCCUUUUCCAUGAACUGCAGUUAGAAGUGCUUCUAUGUUUCACUUACAAGAAUGCUUGAUUUUACUUCACUUACAUAAGUGUGACAAUUGAAUUGUUAUCUCGUGCUGUAAAUAUUGUUGCUGUAACUUUUAAGCAUUUUAGUCAAUAUUUAUUUAGUAAAUAUGGAAAUCAACCAAAAUACAGAAAUCAACCAAGAUUGAUAAUUUGGUCUCUAGAGCUUUGACAAUAUAAUAAGACUGCUGCAAACCUGAGUGAAACAUCUAAUCAG